GAGGGGCGUGCGCGCGCGCGCCCUCGCCCCUGUAGCGCGCUCGGUGUCACCUUGGGCGCGAGCGGAGCCGCGCGCGCACUGGACCGAGAGCCGAAGGGGCACUGAAUUGGCGAUGGCGGCGACGGCGAGUCCUGGGGCUGGCGGGACGGACGGGAAGCCCCGUACCUCCCCUAAGUCCGUCAAAUUCCUAUUUGGGGGCCUGGCCGGGAUGGGAGCUACAGUUUUCGUGCAACCCUUGGACCUGGUGAAGAACCGGAUGCAGCUGAGUGGGGAAGGGGCCAAAACAAGGGAAUAUAAAACCAGCUUCCAUGCCCUCACAAGCAUCCUGAAGGCAGAAGGACUGAGGGGCAUUUAUACUGGGUUGUCAGCUGGCCUGCUGCGUCAGGCCACCUACACCACCACUCGCCUUGGCAUCUACACAGUGCUUUUUGAACGGCUGACUGGGGCGGAUGGUACACCUCCUGGCUUUUUGCUGAAGGCCCUGAUUGGCAUGACUGCAGGUGCAACUGGUGCCUUUGUGGGAACACCAGCUGAAGUGGCUCUCAUUCGCAUGACAGCUGAUGGCCGGCUUCCGCCUGACCAGCGCCGUGGCUACAAAAACGUGUUCAAUGCCCUGAUUCGAAUUGCCCGGGAAGAGGGAGUCCCCACACUGUGGAGAGGCUGCAUCCCUACCAUGGCCCGGGCUGUCGUUGUCAAUGCUGCCCAGCUUGCUUCCUAUUCUCAGUCUAAGCAGUUCUUGCUGGACUCAGGAUAUUUCUCUGACAACAUCCUGUGCCACUUCUGUGCCAGUAUGAUCAGCGGCCUUGUCACCACCGCUGCUUCCAUGCCUGUGGAUAUUGUCAAGACCCGGAUCCAGAACAUGCGAAUGAUCGAUGGGAAACCAGAAUACAAGAAUGGGCUGGAUGUCUUGGUGAAGGUCAUCCGCUAUGAGGGCUUCUUCAGCCUAUGGAAGGGCUUCACGCCAUACUAUGCUCGACUGGGCCCUCACACCGUCCUCACCUUCAUCUUCUUGGAGCAGAUGAACAAGGCCUACAAGCGGCUCUUCCUCAGUGGCUGAGCCGGGUGGGGGAAUCAACACUCCCAUAGUCAGUGUGCCCUGGGGUACUUGAACUUUGCUGCCCUGGGUCCCUCUAUUUAUUUUCCCUCCACAGUGUGUGGUUUCCUCUUGCCAUAAAGAUCUCUAGUCUCUCUAUCCCUGUUCCACUUUGCCCAGCUUGUCCUGAUCUUUU